AUGACCCGAUUCUCGUGGCACCUGCGCCCCGGCCCAGCCGUCAACUGGGCCCUCGUCGCCGCCGGCGCCGCCUGUCUCACCUUGUAUCUUCACAUCCGCCCGGCUCUCAGCCAGGACAACGAGCUGAAGCCGACGAGAACCAUUGCAUGCAAGGCGCGUGAGACCGCCCGACGCUCGCCCGCCGUCGCCGAGAGUUGGCCCUACCCGCCCAAUGCCUUCCCGGGGGCGCGCCAUGUCGAGACCGAGUACGGGACCAUAAAGGUGUUUGAGUGGGGGCCCGAGGACGGCGAGAAGGUGCUGUUGAUGCAUGGCAUUGGCACGCCGUGCGUGGCUCUGGGGGACAUGGCCAAGGAGUUUGUGAGGAGAGGAUGCAGGGUCAUCUUAUUUGACUUCUUUGGCCGAGGCUAUUCGGACGCCCCCGUCGACGUUCUCUACGACGACCGGCUCUACACAACCCAGAUCCUCCUCGUAAUAGCCUCCUCGGCCCUUCCAUGGACCGGCUCGUCCGCCUUCCAUCUUCUCGGCUACUCCCUCGGCGGUGCCCUCGCGGCCUCCUUCGCCGCCCAUCAUCCACACCUUGUCCGCUCUCUUACCCUCGUCUGCCCCGGCGGUCUGGUUCGCCCCUCCCAUGUCUCCUUUAAGAGCUGGCUGCUCUACUCGCAUGGCAUACUGCCGACCUUCCUCGUUGAUGCUCUGGCUCGUCGUAGGCUGCAACCGCGCCGUGGGGUGAGCGCCGACGUGCCCGAGGGCGAGAAUGCCGGAGUCGACUUCGACGACGUGCCGGUAUCCAGGGAACGAAAGGAUGUCAAGGUUGGAGACGUGGUCGGGUGGCAGCUGCAAGGCAACACCGGCUUCGUGGGGGCCUACAUGAGCACGAUGCGGCACGCGCCGAUUUACGGGCAGCAUGACAAGGUCUGGAAACUCCUUGGCCAGCAGCUGGCUCGAAGACGACCACAAACGUUGGCUCGAGGGAGCACCGUCCCUGCUGGCUUGACGGGAGGCAAGAUUUGCCUCAUCCUCGCCGAAAGAGACCCAAUUAUUGUCAAGGAGGAGUGGAUCGAAGACUCCAAGGCCGUGCUCGGAGAGGAUGGAGUUGAUAUUCACGUGGUCAACGGCGGCCAUGAGAUUGCCAUCUCCAGAGGUAAGGAGGUGGCCGAUAUUGCUGUGAGAUCGUGGAGAUAA